CACAUAGUACCGCUGUGUGUGUCAGUAGCCCGGACGGCUCCGUCUCAUCCCGCUCCGUGAAUCAAGCGUGCUCGGCUGCGACAUGACCAGAGCCCCGCAGACCUGGCCAUUCAAAUAUGGAGCAGUUUAAAACGAUCAUUUCGGUGCUUUGGAUAUUAUUUUUCAACAGAAAUGAGGAGUCCCGUGCAGAGGAAGUUGUCUUGCUGAAUUCUAAGGAGUCCCAGGCAGAGCUGGGUUGGACCUCAUAUCCUUCUAAUGGGUGGGAGGAAAUCAGCGGUGUCGAUGAGAAAUACAAGCCCAUUCGCACAUAUCAAGUAUGCAAUGUGAUGGAGCCCAGUCAGAACAACUGGCUCCAGACGGGUUGGAUAUGGCGGCAGGGUGGCCAGCGCAUCUUCAUUGAGCUGCAAUUCACCCUGCGUGACUGCAACAGCAUCCCAGGCGUGUCCGGUAGCUGUAAGGAGACCUUCAACCUCCUCUACGCUGAGUCUGACUGGGACCUGGGGCGUGUCACCCGCGAAGACCGCUACAGCAAAAUCGACACCAUUGCGGCGGAUGAAAGUUUCACGCAGGGCGAUUUGGGAGAACGUAAGAUGAAACUUAACACCGAAGUCCGUGAAAUAGGACAUCUCAAUCGCAAAGGAUUCCAUCUGGCCUUCCAGGAUGUGGGCGCAUGCGUCGCGCUGGUUUCCGUGAGAGUGUACUACAAACGCUGUUUGUCAACAGUGCAGAAUUUAGCAGUGUUCCCUGAUACGGUAGCUGAAGCUGCCUUCUCGACUCUGGUGGAGGUGAGAGGGUCGUGUGUGAAUAACUCUGAGGUGGACACGGACAGUCCUCCCAGAAUGCAUUGCAGUGCUGAAGGGGAGUGGCUGGUGCCCAUCGGGAAAUGCAGCUGCAGCGCUGGGUAUGAGGAGGGACACAGCAGCUGUGAGGCCUGUCCCCCGGGCACCUACAAGAUGUCGUCACGGCAGCAAGAGUGUUUCCCGUGUCCGGCUAACAGCAAGGCUGAAGAAGAGGGCUCUGUGCUGUGUGUGUGUGAGGAUGACCACUUCAGAACUCCACUGGACCCUCCAUCCGCACUCUGCACACGCCCCCCCUCUCCGCCUCGAGAUCUGGUCUACACCCUCAAACAGUCCACACUCAUUCUGGAGUGGGCCGCUCCGAAUGACUCAGGCGGCCGAGGGGAUCUCACCUACAGCAUAGGCUGCCGGCGAUGCGUCGGCCCCCCGCGGGCCCCACAGGUGCAAUGUGAACCCUGCGGAGCCAGCGUGGGCUUCGUACCACAGCAGAGCGGCCUGACGGAGUGCACAGUCACCGUAGUCAAUUUGCUUCCCAACUCCAACUACUCCUUUAGUGUGGAGGCCCGGAACGGAGUCUCGGAGUUACUCCCCAACAAAAGGUUCUACACGCAGGUCAACAUCUCCACCAGCCUUCCAGCGCCUUCCCAGGUUAACGAGCUGCGAGCGGAGAAGGUUGAGCAGCGCAGUGUGACUCUGGUUUGGAGGGAACCCACCGUGUAUCCUAACAGCAGCCGCACUGAAUACGAGAUCAAAUACUAUGAGAAGGAUCAGAAAGAUCAGAGCUAUUCCACGGUGAAGACGGCCGCCACCAGAAUCAGCGUCAACAACCUGAAACCAGGCACCACCUAUGUCUUCCUCAUCCGCACCUGCUCCAGCCCAGCACUUUCUUCUCUUUCUUCCUCUCCUCUUUCUUCUUCUUCCUCCUCCUCCUCCUCCUCUUUGUCUCCAUCUUCCCCGUCUGCUUCCUCUUCUUCUUCCAGCCCCGUGGCAGCUGUGUCGCCCCCUCCGCUCGACUACGGGGCGUACAGCGCACCGCUGGAGCUGCAGACGCUGGGGGAACUGGCCCUGGCCUCUAGUGAACAGAGUCCUGUGGUGAUCAUCGUGGUGGUUUCGGUGGCUGCUCUCAUCAUGUUACUGACUUUUGGAGUUGGAUUGCUCAUCUGGAGAAGUGGCUUCUCCAGACCCUCCAAUGUAGCUCCUACUCGUGUGGUGCUGCUUUCUACCUCCUUCUCUACUCUUCCUCCUCCUCCUCUUCCUCCCUCCACGCAGCUGUCUCCCAGACAAUGUGGCUACAGUAAAGCCAGCCAGGAGGGGGAUGAGGAACUCUACUUCCAGUUUAAAAUCCCAACCAGAAGGACCUACAUUGACCCAGAAACCUGUGAAGAUUUGCUCCAGGCUGUUCAUGCCUUUGCCAAAGAGCUGGACAUCUCUAGCAUCAAGAUCGAGAGGAUAGUCCAUACAGGAGACUUUGGGGAGGUGUGUCGAGGUUGCCUGAAGCUUCCCAGCAAACGCGAGUUGCCUGUGGCCAUAAAGACCCUUCGUGCGGGCUGCUCUGAAAAACAGAGACGCUCAUUCCUCAGCGAGGCGGGAAUUCUGGGACAGUUCGAUCAUGCCAACAUUGUGCGUCUGGAGGGAGUCAUCACCAGAGGCAACACUAUGAUGAUCGUGGUGGAGAGCAUGGCCAACGGAGCCCUGGACUCUUUCCUGCGGAAACACGAAGGACAGUUGACUGUUCUUCAGCUGGUGGAUUUGCUGAGCGGAGUGGCGUCUGGGAUGAAGUAUCUGACAGAGAUGGGUUUUAUCCAUCGCCGACUGGCCGCUCACAAAGUCCUGGUGAACAGCAGCCUGGUCUGCAAAGUGUCAGGCUUCAGACCUCUUCAGGACGACAAGAUAGAGGCGGUCUACAGCACACUACACGGAGGGAAGAGUUUGGUGUUGUGGACGGCCCCAGAAGCCAUUCAGUACCAUCGUUACAGCUCAGCUUCUGAUGUGUGGAGCUUCGGUAUCGUCAUGUGGGAAGUCAUGUCUUUCGGGGAGAGACCAUAUUGGGACAUGGGCAACCAAGAUGUAAUAAAAGCUAUAGAGGAUGGGUUCCGGUUACCUGCUCCCGUGAACUGCCCGCCGUCUCUGCACCAGCUCAUGCUGGAUUGCUGGCAGAAGGAGAGGACAGAGAGACCCACCUUCACCCAGAUCCACAGUGCUCUCAGCAAGACCAUGAGGAGCCCGGACAACAUCGGGUCCUCCACCCUGGGACGCAGGACCCUGGGCUCAUCUGUAUCACUAGCAGAACGAACGCUUCCCUCCUUCCCCUCAUUUAGUUCAGUUGGAGAGUGGUUAGAAGCUGUAGACAUGGGCCGCUACAAAGACAACUUCACUGCUGCUGGGUACUGUUACCUGGAGUCAGUGGCUCGCAUGACCAUUCAGGAUGUGCUGAGUCUCGGCAUAACCUCUCUGGAGCACCAGAAACAGAUCCUGUCCGCCAUACAGACUCUCAGAGCGCAGGUUAUCCAGAUGCACGGCCGUGGAGUGCAAGUCUGACAGACCCACAGCAGUGCGCUGGCUUACCGAGGAAAGACAUAUGGAUGUCUGUUCUCGUAAUUACCCAGCAGGCCAUUCGACGGUCAGGAGGUGAUAACCAAGACACUGCAAAUGGUGGUUUUCUUCCUAAUCUUCCCUUUUUCAUUCCUUUAUCUUCUCUUUGGGUGAACACUGGUUCUUUUCUUCCACAAACAAGUUCUUGUUUUCUGAGGGGGACAAUAUCACAAGCAAGAUGAUUCCUUUAGAAUAACCCGCGUGCUGAGUUUGACCUGCUUUUCUUCCGCUGUUCUUCAAUGACAUGAGCUCUGUCCCUUUUAGUAGGACUUUAAGGUGGUCGAUGCCCUCCGUCACUGUCCCCGGGGAAGGGCAGUUUGACUCUGAGCGAUCUCAGAGCAAUUAAAAGGGCGACUUGUAUUUUCUUUUUCCAAGCAAAAGAACUCAUGCUUUGUAGCCACUGAUCCUCCUAUAAAGUGGACUAAACCGAGAGCAUGUCAUCCAUUUGCUCCUCAGACUAGGAGAGCAUCUCGCCGUAUCUUCAGGACAUAAGUUGAGUACUGAUGUAAGGAAUCUUAAAUAAUAUGUAAAUCCCUUUCUGUGUGUGUAUUCUUGAUUUGGUUACUGUCUACUUUUUGCUUUCUUUCCUCCACACUUUAAACUAAUUUCUGAAUUUCCGAGUUUAAAUUAGUAUUGUCGGAUGUCUGUACUCGUAAUGUUUUUCUUGUUCUGUCUGCUAUAGGGACAAUGUUUGCACUGCAGCGUCCAUGACUUACAGAAACUUGUACCAUAUUUAUUAGAUGAUUUAUUUAUCCAUUUACAGAUGCUUACUGGAGUUUGAAUUCAGAAAUAUUGGUCGAAAAUGGAAAACAUAACACUGAAUCUGGACGUUUCAUCAAAAUGCUCUUCGAUUUUGUUUGUGUAAUUUCAUUUUUUCCUGCACUUUGAAAGUGAAUGAGUGAGUGAGUGAGUGGAUGUGACAGGGAUGUAUACACGCAUAUACAUUCACACACUUACAGAUUUCAUUGCACUCCACAACAGCAGGUGUCUGAUACUCUCGGACAUGUUUAGUACUUGAUGUUGGCGUUUCGUACAACAGAAGUGGUUGUUCUUAAACAAGAAUGUUCUGAAUGUUCUAGUGUUAUUAAAUUUAGACUACUGUGUGAUUUGAGCGUGUGAACAAGACUUGGUUGGACUUGGAUGUGUUUAAGCAGUAUUGAGUAAAAUCUUAAUUUACAGUUCGAUCUUAGAAACAGGUUGGUGCGAAUUUCAUUAACAAAGACCAUAACAAACAGUUUGGAUCUGGAUUUUGCCACGAAUACAUUUAGUACAAAACAAAUGUCUGGAUUUUUUUUCCUCAUAUUAGCUUGUUAUUGAUUUUUAGGAUAUAAACAAUUAAAGCUUUUUGGAAUUUAACGAUAAGAGCGUCAUUUUCACUUUCUCUGUUUUACAAUUACACACAUACAGAGAUGCACAUUUGUCAUUAUUGCAGCCAUAUCAUAUCUGAACGUGGCAUAACCCGAGUUAAUAAUCACCUCAAAAUCUAACGGACACAGACAUGCUGUACUGUAAUGUUUAAGAGCCCUUUACCGAAAAAGACUCAAUUCCCCCUUUGCAUUAAGUGUAUCAUUCUGAUCUCUGUUUGAUACUGUAAAUAUGUAUUUGAAAAUGCAAUCUAUUUUUAUAAUUUGUUUGAAUAAUAAUGUGUUGAAUGAGAUCCUCUCACUGUGUUGAAAUUGUUUGAAUUAGGAGAGUCGCGAAGAAAAGUUGAUUGAAAUCAAGUCCUUGUUUUAUUUUUCUCUUUUCGGUUGGAAUUUUUCAUGAUUUUUACCUGUUAGAAAAACAGAUGGCUGUUGCAAUAUUGAAACACGUUAUUAAAAAAAUACAAUAC